GCCCAUCAUGUAGCUGCAGCACAGCCUUCCCUACCAUUGCAAUUGGAAAAAAUCACUUUCCAAUCUGUUUUGCAAGGUGUGCAUUUCCACUUUGAUUUCCUGAAAGAUCAUCUGCUGCAUCGAUCAAGAAAAACUUCACUUGCAUGAAGACUGCGCGUCUGCAGCUUGAAUCUUUAUUGCAAAACUAGCUACAGAAGAGAGGCAAGGCAAAGUCUUUUGUGCUCCCCUCCCCCAUCAAAGGAAAGGGGAAAAUGUCUCAGUCAAAAGGCAGGAAGCGGAACCCUGGGCUGAAGAUUCCAAAAGAAGCAUUCGAACAACCUCAGACCAGUUCAGCACCUCCUCGGGAUUUAGAUUCCAAGGCUUGCAUCUCAAUUGGAGAUAAGAAUUUUGAAGUGAAGGCUGAUGACUUGGAGCCUAUAGCAGAACUAGGACGAGGUGCAUAUGGGGUAGUAGAGAAGAUGCGACACAUGCCUAGUGGGCAGAUUAUGGCAGUGAAGCGAAUCCGAGCAACUGUGAAUAGCCAGGAACAGAAAAGGCUACUGAUGGACCUGGAUAUCUCCAUGAGGACAGUGGAUUGCCCUUUCACAGUCACAUUUUAUGGUGCGCUUUUCCGGGAGGGUGAUGUGUGGAUCUGUAUGGAACUCAUGGAUACCUCACUGGACAAGUUCUACAAACAAGUCAUUGAUAAGGGCCUAACGAUCCCAGAGGACAUCUUAGGGAAAAUUGCUGUUUCUAUUGUAAAAGCCCUAGAACAUUUACACAGUAAACUUUCUGUCAUUCAUCGAGAUGUCAAGCCAUCUAAUGUGUUGAUCAAUACACUGGGUCAAGUGAAGAUGUGUGAUUUUGGUAUUAGUGGUUACCUUGUGGACUCAGUGGCCAAGACUAUGGAUGCAGGAUGCAAACCCUACAUGGCUCCUGAAAGAAUAAACCCAGAACUAAACCAGAAGGGGUACAAUGUGAAAUCUGACAUUUGGAGCCUGGGCAUCACAAUGAUCGAAUUGGCAAUCCUUCGGUUCCCCUAUGAUUCCUGGGGGACACCAUUUCAGCAGCUCAAACAGGUAGUGGAAGAACCAUCACCUCAACUACCAGCAGACAAGUUCUCAGCAGAGUUUGUUGACUUUACCUCACAGUGCUUGAAGAAGAAUUCCAAAGAACGGCCAACAUAUGCAGAACUUAUGGCUAGAUGGAGAUUCCCCGUCAUCCUCAUCCAGGGACUCCUUUCUUCCAGCAACACCAAUUUUUCACUCUGCAUGAAUCCAAAGCAACAGAUGCAGCAUCUUUUGUAAAACUGAUUCUUGGAGACUAAAAACCAUUGGACUCAAUCACUUGGCCCUCCUGUGGAUUGGUGGGUUUAGGGGUUGGAGAUUCUUCACUAAAGCAUCAAUAGAAACUUGGCAAUGAGAUGAUGCUUAUUUUUUUAACCCUGCCUCUCAGAAGGUUGUUUGUUUAUUUGUUUGUUUAUUUUUUCCCAAAGGGGUCUUGGAAUCCAUAGUGUAUAGAAUGAACUGUUUAGUCAGAUGAAAUAUAAUAAGGCUCAGACUUUACAACAUUGAAAAGGUGAUUAAAUAUUUAAUGACAUGUCACAAGACUCCUUAACCUUCUCAGCCUUUUCCUGUUCCUCUCCAAGGAGAAUACAUUUGUCUGGGUUAAUAGGUGCUAUGGUAGUUAUGAAGUCUUAUGUAGAUUUAUAUUUUGUUCUUCCUGUUAUUUUAAUAUUUAUGUUUAAAUGCUUGAUUUGAAUAGAUUCUGUUUUAUGUGAGGGAGACCUUGUGAAAGAGGAGGCUGUGAUGUCAAUAUUUAUAGGGUUUUUCAGGGGAAAGGGUUAAAGAACUUUUGGGCUCUAAAAGAAACAAUUUAUUAUGCAUCUUUAAGAACUUCAAUAACAAUCUUUCUUCCCAAGAGCCUAUUCCAACCGCUGCUGCUGCUGCUGCUGCUGCUGCCAUCUUCCCAAACACCUUGUCCAAUACUGGGUAUUCAUUAACUAUUCUGUGUGAUGUGGUAAAGUAUCCCAGUACUACUUUGUCUGACUUUGGAAGAAGUAAAAUCACUUUAUCAUGGCUCAAAGUGGAGACACAGCUUGCUUCAUGGCAUUUAUGACACUUUUAACUUGAUUGUGAUAUAUACCUACCCCCCUACAGAAGGAGGGCAUAUAUGUACAUGUGUGUAUGUGUGUGUAUAUUUGUUUUUGGUAGGCUGUGAGUCUUGCAAAGGGUCUUCUAUUUAUAUUAUUCUAUGUUCAGUAAGGAUGAUUACUAUCAGUGUCUUGGGGGCAGGGGGAAGGAUGUUUUAUAUCCAACCAAUCAGGGAAGUGGUGCCUUCUUCUGAUUCUAUUUGUUCUGAUGUGUGUGUGCCACAGGUAUUAUUUCUUUAUCUUUGUGGCUAAUGGGGUGUUUGCUACUCUUCUCAAACUCCUGCUCAGUGAAAGAGUCUCACCAUUAAUUAUCUUCUUAAUGGAAGGGGCUCUGUCAGGAAAAAUUUAGAGGCAGCUUUUGGUUUCUUGGAUAAAACGAGGAGAAUCAGGGACAGAAGUUAGUACCCUUGUGCUGACUCCAAGUUUCCACAACUGCAAACAGGAUGAAGCCUCCUUCAGACAAUACACAGUCAUUGGACACAGGAAGUUAGUUCCAUUUGAACCCUCAGGAGGGUACACAGUAUGAUUCAGCAAGUCUGUGGUUGCCUCUGGAUUCAGGCUCUAUGAUGAUGGACUCUGGGUGACCAUAAGACUCAUAAGACCAUGGAGUGCCAAAGGUUUCAGGUAAACGUCAGAUGUGCUUUAACAUGGGAACUCCUACUGGUCUUGAAGAGAAUUCUUACUCAAAGCAUACUCCUGAAAUAUGAGAACAUCUGGGGUUUUAAUGAAAAGGGCUGAUCACAAUUUCUUACAACACUGAUCAUCACUUAGGCACCAGGAGGCAACAAUUUGCUCCACUAUACAUUUGGAAAUGGAAGUACAACCAAAUCUUUGUUGUUGUUGCUGUUGUUUCUUUGUUCUCUUUCAUUGUUGCCUUCUAAGUGCAGUAGUGUUUGGUGCAUGCAAGUGCCAUGCUUCUUUGUGUCUACUUGACAUAAAAGAAGAUCUCUGUCUCCUACUACUCUUAUUGAAUCUAUACUGAAACUGUCACCAAUAUACUUUCCACCUUUGGAAAAGGAACAUUGGGCCAAUGGAUGUAUAGACACAUUCUCUUCACUUUCCUCUGUCUCCCCAAAUUGAGAAGUUAUUUCUGUGAGACCCUGAGAUGUAGGAAGAAAAAGCCAAAAUAUCACCAUAUACCUAGCCCUGCAUGUUUUCAUUUAGACAGAGAUAUGUUUAUUCUGCUUAGUUUAAAAUAAAACUAUGAACUGUUUUAGCUUUGAAUGGCCUUAAAAUGAUUCUACAAGAAGGGGCAAAUGUCUUCUUAUAAAAGAGGAGGCUGAAGCCUACGAUCAGGAAAGAAAAUGCUUGUCUAUGUUUAUUAUAGCUUGUACUGUUUCUACCUUGGGAGAAUUUGAACUAUUAGGAAAAAAACCCAGAAAGGCAUUGAUGGGAAACAGCUUUGAUUGCAACUUUAGGUAAAGUGUGAAGGAUUCCCUCCCUCCCAAAUAAACAGAAAAUCCACCCAGUCACCCAGAAAAGGCCCAAGUAAGGCCUUUUCUCUACAGUUUUGGCUUUACAUACACACAUGUACGUAUGUAAAGCCAUAUAUAUGUAUGUAUAAAAUAUACAUGCAUAUAUGUACAUACAUG